AAAUAACAGAAAAAAAAUAUAUUUGUGUCUCUAUUUUUCUAUUUGUGUGAGUUUUCAAUUUGUCCAAAAUGACAGGGAAAGAAGAGAUGACUAGUGUAACACUUGAUCUUCUUAAGAAAAAAAUGGAUGAUUUUGCUAAAGAAAGAGAUUGGGAGAAGUUUCAUAGCCCAAGAAACCUUCUUUUGGCUCUGGUUGGAGAAGUUGGAGAAUUAUCAGAAAUAUUUCAGUGGAAAGGAGAAGUUCCAAAGGGUUUACCAGAUUGGAAAGAAAAUGAGAAAUUACAUGUUGGUGAAGAACUUUCUGAUGUUUUGUUGUAUCUUGUUAGGCUUUCUGAUAUUUGUGGCAUUGAUCUUGGCCAAGCUGCUCUUCGUAAAGUUCAACUCAAUGCUAUCAAGUACCCUAUCAAGAAACCUAAUGAUAAAUAAAUUAGUCGAUACUCGAGGUGCGUGCAAACAACAACGUUGAGGUCUAGCGAAAUGAUGAUAAUAAUCUCUUAGUUAUUGGUAGAUUUUAAUUUUAGUUCAUGAUGGUGUCUGAUUAAGUACAUUUGACUUUCAGUUAUUCGAUUAUGAAUAUUCAAUGACCGUUUUAUUGUUUGAAAUUAUAUAUAAAUUAUGUUAAACUUAUAUUGUUA